AUGGACCUCUUACCACUCGCCCCGACACAUCUUCUGGCAAUACUGCUGAGUAGUGCCAGCGCGAUAUUCGUUUUGACAUACCUAUUCCGCUCAGGGCAUCGGCCAUCAGACUUUCCAGAUGGUCCUCCAACUGUUCCACUGUUUGGAAACGAAUUGCAGGUGCCAAAGUCAGACGCACACUUCCAGUUCUCCAAGUGGGCUAAGCAAUAUGGCGGAUUCUUCACACUGAAGCGAUAUAACAACACCACAAUCGUGAUCAGCGACUGGAAGAUGAUCAAAAAACUUCUGGACAAAAAGAGUAACAUAUAUUCACACCGGCCGGCGUCGCUAGUAUCACACCUCAUUACGCAAAGCGACCACCUCUUGGUCAUGCAGUACGGGGAGCGGUGGCGCAUGUUGCGUAAAAUUAUUCACCAGUACUUCAUGGAACCCCAAUGCGAGCGCGAGCACUGGAAAGUCCAAGAAGCCGAGGCAAAACAAAUGCUGCACGAUUUCCUGACCAUGCCCGAAGAUCACAUGCUGCAUCCAAAGCGUUACAGUAACAGUAUCACGAAUUCGUUAGUCUUUGGCAUUCGGACCAAGACCGUUCGCGAUGAAUACAUGAACAAACUUUUCUCUCUAAUGGACAAAUGGUCCUUGGUGCAGGAACUGGGCGCCACUCCGCCAGUUGACUCCUUUCCUCUGCUCCGCUUCGUGCCGCAGAGUCUUUUAGGAAAUUGGCGGAAUCGUGCGGUUGAAGUCGGCGAUCUCAUGCAGUCACUCUAUCAGACCGUGCUCGACCAGGUACAGGAGCGUCGUCAACGGGGUAUUCAACGCGAUUCCUUCAUGGAUCGAGUUCUAGACGCACAGGACAAGACUCCGCUUACCAGGAAUGAGCUGCGGUUCCUCGGAGGCGUUCUGAUGGAAGGAGGGUCCGAUACGUCGUCUUCGCUGAUUUUGACCAUCAUCCAGGCGAUGACCAAGUAUCCCGAAGUCCAGGCAAAGGCCCAUGCUCAAAUUGACUCUGUUAUCGGAAAUAACCGAUCUCCUGCAUGGUCCGAUUGGCCCCAAUUACCCUAUAUCAAUAUGAUCAUCAAGGAGUCCCACCGGUGGCGUCCCGUUAGCCCGCUGGGCGUGACCCAUGCUGUCGCUGAAGAUGACCACGUCGACGGCAAGUUCAUCCCUCGGGGGUCGAGCGUUGUCCUCAAUGUUUGGGGUAUGCAUCACGACAGUGACCGAUGGCAUGAACCAGAGCAUUUCCAACCGGAGCGGUUCGCCGAUUUCCCAGCAUUGGCCUCCAGCUAUGCAGCGUCUGACCGACGCGAUCAUCUUGGCUACGGAGCGGGCCGUCGCAUCUGCCCGGGCAUCCACUUGGCGGAACGAAAUCUCAUCAUUGGCGUGUCCAAGCUGCUUUGGGCCUUCGAAUUUGUCGAACCGCCCGGCAGCGACAGUGAUAUUUCCGCUCACUCUGGAGCGAGUAAAGGAUUCCUUCAUUGCCCGAAGGACUAUGGGUGUGCGAUUCGCCUCCGCUCCCCCGAGAAGCGGCAGACGAUCCUGCGGGAGUUUGCUGAGGUCCAAGAGGUCUUUGCUCGGUUUGAUUAA